CGGCGCGCGCACACUAUACCAGACGCGGUAUCGCGGCGGCGGCAGCGGCGGCAGACGCACCGGGUUGGGCCCCUUCCCUCCUCCGCUCCCCCCCCUCCUCCCCCUCCCCUCAGCCGUGGUCUCCGAGGAGUCCGAGACGUACGGCGAGGCGGCGACAAGCUCUGGGGUCAACUCUAUCCUGAAAGUCCAUCCUCCCAGGAAGAAGGGACAGAAAGAAAGACCUCCCUGUAAAAAAGGCUUGUGUAUCCCAUGAACGAGACAGCGGAAAACCGAUUGGAGUGCAGCAGGACUCCAGAGCCAGACAUACGGCUCAGAAAAGGACACCAACUGGAUGGCACUAGGACAGGUGACAAUGACAACCACCAAGAAGAUUUGGCGUCUAUUUUAGAGGCGUCGGUUCUCUCUUCCCAUCAUAAAAAAAGAUCUGAGGAACAUGAGUCCAAUGAUGAAGCCUCUCAGGAAGAGGAGGGGUUUAUGGGUAUGUCUCCUCUCUUACAAGCCCAUCAUGCUAUGGAACGAAUGGAAGAGUUUGUUUGUAAGGUAUGGGAAGGUCGAUGGCGAGUAAUCCCUCAUGAUGUGCUCCCAGACUGGCUCAAGGAUAACGACUUCCUCCUACAUGGACACCGGCCCCCUAUGCCUUCUUUCCGGGCCUGUUUUAAAAGCAUUUUCAGAAUACACACGGAGACAGGCAACAUCUGGACACAUCUCUUAGGUUGUGUAUUCUUCCUGUGCCUGGGGAUCUUUUAUAUGUUUCGCCCAAACAUUUUCUUUGUGGCCCCUUUGCAAGAGAAGGUGGUCUUUGGAUUAUUCUUCUUGGGGGCCAUUCUCUGCCUUUCUUUUUCAUGGCUCUUCCACACAGUCUACUGCCACUCAGAAGGGGUCUCCCGACUCUUCUCUAAACUGGAUUACUCUGGUAUUGCUCUUCUGAUCAUGGGAAGUUUUGUUCCUUGGCUUUAUUAUUCUUUCUACUGUAAUCCACAACCUUGCUUCAUUUACUUGAUUGUCAUCUGUGUGCUGGGCAUCGCGGCCAUCAUAGUCUCCCAGUGGGACAUGUUUGCCACCCCUCAGUAUCGAGGAGUAAGAGCAGGAGUGUUUCUGGGCCUAGGCCUGAGCGGAAUUAUUCCUGCCUUGCAUUAUAUCAUCUCGGAGGGGUUCCUGAAGGCUGCCACCAUAGGACAGAUCGGCUGGUUGCUGCUUAUGGCCGGCCUCUACAUCACAGGAGCUGCCCUUUAUGCCGCCCGCAUCCCGGAACGCUUCUUUCCUGGCAAGUGUGACAUCUGGUUUCACUCUCAUCAGCUGUUUCACAUCUUUGUGGUUGCUGGCGCUUUUGUUCACUUCCAUGGUGUCUCAAACCUCCAGGAGUUCCGUUUCAUGAUUGGCGGAGGCUGCAGUGAAGAGGAUGCACUGUGAUACCCACCAGUAGCCAGGGACCAUGACCCUGAACCAGGGCCUGCAGCGCUGCAGGCCUCCCCUCAUUGGCCUCCGAUGCCAGUUCCAGAGAAGCCCCAAAACUCUGACAGCCUCAUGGGUUUGGUGACUCCCCAGAGGCUCCACCUGGCACACAACUGAGGAGAGAAAAACAAAAAUAAAUCAUACCUCAAAGGAAGGAGUGCAUCAAUUGGGAGGAGAAACGGCCCUGAGUGCCGUGUUCUCGGGAUUCCCCAAUCGAGGGCUCUGCAAGACCCUGGCAACCUGGCUUCUGGUCUGCAUCCUGUUUCUGUGUAGAAGAUGGAGAAAUAGGUCAGCAAGUGGUUCAUUCUUCUCCCCUUUCUCUCUUUAAACAAUAACACAAACCAAUUGAGGCGAACAUUUAUAUCCUAUUAAGGGAUGGGAGUGUGAUUUUAGAUGCUCUUUUGGGAGAACAAAGAAAUUAAUGUAAAUAAGAUUUCUAACUUACUGUUUAAAUAAGAAUUUAUAUAAAUGUUUAAAACAUAGGGGUAGGGGAGGGAGGGAGAAUUUUUGUAUAGAAGAAACAUGCAAGUACCACACACUGUUUCAAUUUUGCACAAAGUGACUGUAGGAGGACCAGGCGAUAGCCCCAGAAUGUAUGAUGCCUUGGUGCACACAGGUGCCUUCUAGAGGCUGACACACCUUGGGUCGCGGCGGGGCAGAGAGCACAGCCCCAGCCCAGCGACCACAUGACCACUCAUGCCCGAGAGGCUGCGGGAGUCCUGAGGUAGAGGGAGAAGGGGUAUGUGUUUUCUCAGUGGAAGUCAUACGUGAAUGGCUAACAGGAUGUGUCAGAGGCUAGUUAAGCUGUCCUGUGACUGACUUGUCACUAUGCGGGUGGCCCUCUCUAAGGAGAGGCUUUCCCAAGGCACCUGCUUGAUAAAGUUAGUUAUGCUGGCGAAGGGGUGGUGGAGACAGUGGGAGCGCUCUGGAAAUGUCAGCAGGGAAACUGAUGUCACUACUUCCUGGCAUCCUGUUCAAUUUGGUGGUGAUUUUAUCUGAUUGCAGGGAUGUGAUAGUUUCUCAUAUCCUUGUUAUGGAGCUUUGGAACACUCUGGAAAUUUUCCUCUAUUAAAAUCACUGCCCUAACCACCUUUCCUCCUCCUGGGAAUAAAAAUUGGCCUUUCUCUGGAAUCAUAGUUCCUGGCAUGGAGCCCCACAAAAGGGAUUCUGCCUUGUCCAGGUGCCUCCUGAGCUCACUUCCAUAGGUUGGGAGAAUGCCCCCUUGGGAUUGGGAAAGAUGAGUUUCCCCUCUGGUCUACCGUCUUGGUGAGCCUCGGUAUGACAGACACAUCAGCUCUGCUUGAACAGUAGAACUCAUGGAAAGCAGGCCCAAUACCCACCAUGGAGUUAGCAGCAUUCCCUGAACCCCGUUUUAAAGGAAUGGUAAGGGGAGAAAUUUGAAAAGGAAAUUGUAUGUUAUUGCCAAGGAGUCUGGUAGAAUCUUGAAAGCUUAUUUGAAGAGCUGCUAGAAGUAAAGGAAUGAUUGCUUAUGUCCCAGAGGUUACCGUUAUGGUGUCAAGGAGAGUGGUAGGGAAAGGCUGUGGUUCAUAGAAUGCUGAUCUUGGAUCAUAGGUGAACCACCCAAAUAGCACUUGAUUCUUAGGUUACUUACUGUCAUCCAAGACUUCAGGUGAUUAAGUUACACCCUGGGGAUUAUGGGCAUUAGAACUAGACAUUGAGGCCCUAAGUAAGAGGGCUGGCAUCCUCGGCUGGGUAUUUGGAAGUACAGGAAGGGUGUCCUAUGUAUUUGGUGUAGGAUUUUCUUGGCUCUUUUUCUCUGCUCUCCCCUUCCAAUCUCCAGCAAAAGCUGGGGACCAGGAAGAAAGAAUCCAUUGUAGAACUUGGGAAGAACCUAAGAGUAUUUUGGUUCUGGGUAAGGUCACUGCCCUGGGUGCUAGGUGGACCCAGCAAGACUCAGUGCCUGAUUGCCGAAAGUACAGUAUUACUCCCUGAAGACACAGGCCAGUGGGCAGUGGCUUCUGCAAGGAAGCUCCCUUAGUUGUGUGGAAGCAGCAGCGCCUGUCAGAAACCAGGCUUGUUCUUCGGUCGUGCGCUUUGGGAUAUGGGGUACAAGAUACAACCCUGAAGCAUCGCCAACAGAGGUAGCCAUCUUUGGGCAUUACCCCACACCUCACAGGAGGAGCGGAAUCUGGCUCAACAUUAGCACAAACCCUUGGGGAAAAUGAAAUUUCACAUCAGCUGUGUAAUCCAAUAAAAACCUCCCUCUUUCGGGUGUGUGUGUCUGUGUGUGGAUGUGAGUGUGCCCCUUUAUACGUGUGUGUCUGCACCUCACUACCAACAGCCUCACUGCACUGACUCCUGCAGUGCUCGCUGAGAACUCACCAGGUUGGCGCCUGAAUGCCUUACUCUCAGCAUCCGAGGCUUGCUUGCUCUGUGCAGAUUUUUUAUUUUCUUUUUUGGCCCUAGGCUGAUUAGGACCUCUGAAGCUUCAUUCUAUCACCAUUAAAUAGUGGCCUUUUUCAGUAUUUUUCCCUUCCCCUUUAUAAAUUGCUGAAGCCACAAAGCACAUUUUUGGGGAUCAUAGAAGGUUGGGGUUUCAGAAAGGCAUCUGUGCAAUGGUUUCAUUCACCUGGGAUUUCCCUACUUGCUGUAUUCUCAACUUCUAAUAAAAAAACCCAAAAGGAA